AUGAAAGCUUUAAUUUUAGUAGGUGGAUUUGGUACACGUUUAAGACCAUUAACAUUAAGCAAACCAAAACCAAUUGUCGAGUUUGCAAACAAAGCAAUGAUUUUACAUCAAAUCGAAGCACUUUGCAAAAUUGGUGUCAACGAAGUAGUUUUAGCAGUAAAUUAUAGACCACAAUUAAUGUCAGCUUAUCUCCAACCAUACGAAGAAAAGUUAGGUAUUAAAAUCUCAUAUUCCCACGAAACUGUACCAUUAGGUACUGCUGGUCCAUUAGCAUUAGCCAGAGAUUUGUUAAAUGAUGGUGAACCAUUCUUUGUUUUAAAUUCUGAUAUUAUUUGCGAUUUCCCAUUCGCUGACCUCUUAGCUUUCCAUAAGAAUCACGGUGGUGAAGGUACUAUUAUGGUUACCAAAGUCGAGGAGCCAUCAAAAUAUGGUGUUGUUGUCUAUAAAGAAGAAACUGGUGAAAUCUUAAAGUUUGUUGAAAAACCACAAGUUUACGUCGGUAAUAAAAUUAAUGCAGGUGUUUAUAUAUUUAAUCCAUCAAUUUUAGAUAGAAUUCAACCAAAACCAACUUCAAUUGAAAAAGAAAUUUUCCCAGCAAUGGCUGCUGAUAAUCAAUUAUAUUGUAUGCAAUUAGAAGGUUUUUGGAUGGAUGUUGGUCAACCAAAAGACUUUUUAUCAGGUAUGGGUUUAUACUUAAAUUCAUUAAAGAGUAAACAACCAGAACUUUUGUCGACAGGUACAGGUAUUAUUGGCCCAGUUUUAAUCGAUCCAUCAUCAGUUAUUGAACCAGGUUGUUUAAUUGGACCAAAUGUUACUAUUGGACCAAAUUGUGUCAUUCAAGAAGGUGCUCGUUUAAUUAACACUACUGUUCUCGAAGGUACUACCAUCGGUAAAAAUAGUUGGAUUAAAUCUACAAUUAUUGGCUGGAAUUCUUCAAUUGGUAAAUGGGUUAGAAUGGAAAAUACUUCAGUUUUAGGUGAAGAUGUCCAUGUCUCUGAUGAACUUUACAUUAAUGGAGGUAAAAUUUUACCACACAAAUCAAUUACCUCUUCUAUACCUGAACCUGAAAUCAUUAUGUAAAAUAUUAAUAAUAAUAAUAAUAACAAUAAUAAUAAUAAUAAUUUUAUAAUACCUUUUUUUUUUCCAAAUUCUCUCCAAUCAUUUCUCAACUUUUUUUUUUUUUAAAAAUUUUUCUUAAUAUAAUCAAUAUACAUCACGCACAUGCAUCAUAAAUCAUAAUCAUAAACCAUAAAUCAUAAUAUAUUUAAAAAAAAUACUCAAUAGAUAAUUUUUUUUUUAAAAAAAAUUAACACUCCGAUAAUAAUAAUAACCAACUUCUUUUUUUUUUAAAAAAAAAAACAUAAAAAAAUUAAUAUAAAAAUAUAUUUUAUAAUAAUAGAGUUAUAGAAUUUUACAUAU